UAAUACAGUACGGAUAUUCAUUAAGAAAGUAGACAUCUACUCAUCUAUCAUCUAGACAAUCUAGAUUUGGUCUAUCUUAGAUUUUAUAGACUCUAGAUCUACAUAGAUCGAUUUCAAAUCUAGAUCUUAUUAAAUAGACUCUAUACUUAUACUGCACCUGAAUUAAUCGAAUUUACUUAAACGGCCUUGGACUUGGUUGGGCCUGGGGCAAAAAGACUAACACUAAAGUAUAGAUCUGGGCUAUUCAGAUGAUUCAAUUCUACUUCAGUACUUAGACUUCUAUCUAGGCAAUCUAGGUAGAUUUACACUUCUAGUCUACAGUCUACAGAUAGAUCUACAGAGUACAGACUAAACUUAAAACUAAUUGUCAAAAAAUAAAAUAAUAAUGAAGGAAAGGCAAAGUAGAUAUUUAGUACAGCUUUUACUCUGUUUACUAAUGAACGUCUUAAGUGUUUUCACCUCUCUCUCCGAUGUUACAUACGAUGUAUUUGAUAAACAACCAAUUGGAUUAAUAGCUGCAUUUGGUGACUUGGAUGCUGACAAAGCAACAGAUAUUUUUGUUAUUUCUAACAAUGGAAAAUCAGUAUAUGUAUUAAAAGCUGAUAUUGAUAUAAGGCGUGAUGGUACAAAAUUCAUUCAGAAGACAUUCAUACCAGAAAGUAAAAAUGAUGAUUCUCUGAUUGUCAACAUUGUACCGGGUGACUUUAACAUGGAUUCACAGUUGGAUCUUUUAGUCAUGCGAAAAUCAGGAACAACGGAGAACUCUGUCAAAGUUGAAAUUUAUAAUGGAAAUAGUCAUGAUGGUGUACCUUUUUUAAAGAUAAAGGAGGAUUUUAAAGAUCAACCCAUUGUUGUUGAUUCUAAUGGUGACAUGGUCCCAGAUCUUUUUGGUGAAACUAUUGACAAUAAAAGAGCUUUCUGGAUAUUUAAAACAAACGGUUCCUAUGAAGUUGAAUAUUUCCAGGAUAGUAAUGGAGGAAACAAAUCUUUCUCUCCUUUGAGGAUUCCUCAGUCAAGUGCCUUCUUAGACUUAGAUGGUGAUCUUAAUGCAGAUCUCUGUGUUGUUUCUAUGAAUCAACAAGUUGUUUCCUUUGAGCUUUGGUUUAACAGGAAAGGAAAUUUAACAUUGUCACACAACAUCUCUGCACCUCCAGAGUUGAAAGUUGUUGGUCAAGCUUCGUUUGUUGACUUGAAUGCAAACCAUGAAAUCAACAUAAUACUUCCUGGCUGUCUGGAUGAAGCCUGUACAAAAAGCGCAAUUUUUGUGUUGCCUUUCAAUGCUUCAUCAGAGCAAACCACUGAAUCCACUUGGCUUAAUCUUGAUGUGGAAUUCACAACCUCAAAUAAUAACAAGGUGACUUCUUUUCCUGUCAGUGUCAACCCAAUCUCAGGAAUAACUCUACCCAUCAUGCUUAGAUUUGGUGAUUUUAAUCUAGACGGAUAUCCUGAUGCUGUGGCCAUUUUGUCAGACUCUAAGAGUCCGAGCAAUAAAUCUGCAUAUAUUCUAUACAAUGAGCCUUGCAAAACUUGCCAUGGAUUUUCCAGGACUCUUGCAAUUGACUUUGGACAUCCCUUAGAACAAAAUUCACCUACAUUAGUCGCAUUCUUUGAUUUGAUGGAAAAUGGUGUGUUGGAUAUUCUUCUGUCAGAAGUGAAGAGUGAUGGAACAUCUGUUAUAAGAGCUAUAGAGCAAGAUUUUACUGGAGACGCCAGUUUUCUGAAAGUAUUGGUUGUCAGUGGUCUUUGUAAAGAUAACUGCCCCAAUGGUCACAAUCCAUAUGGUGUAAACCAAGUAGGACCUACUGCCAAAUUUAUAAGCACUACACCAACUGGCAGUGACCAGAUUUGUAUAGCUUCUCAACUAACUCAGUCGGCAUAUUUUGCCUUGCAACUUCCAUUCAUGUUAUUUGGUCUUGGCCAAACACCAAACUUUGUUGAUGAGCUGAACAUUGGCAUUCCAUCGUCUGGCAUUGCACCUAAAAGUCAUUCUUGGUCAACAAUAAUUCCAAAUUCUCAGGUUAUUGUUAUUCCUUAUCCCAUUGAUAAUCCUGAAAGCUGGAGACAUGAGCUGUAUGUUACACCAAGUCGACUUGUUCUCUUGACUGGAGCAUCUUUACUGGGUACCUGUGCAUUUAUAGCAGUUAUUGUUGGUUUACUACACUGGCGAGAGAGGAUUGAAGACAAAAGAGAAAAGCUACAAGAAUCUCAAAGGUUUCAUUUUGAUGCCAUGUGAACUGUUUGUUACAUAUUUGCUGUUUUUAUUGUGAAAAAAUGUGAUAACCUGAAUUCCUAAAUGUUCCUAAAUAUAUAUAUAUAUAUAUAAUAUAAAAUUGUUUUCUUUUUUAAAUUUUAUUUUAAAACUUUGUUUGUAUUGUAAACUAACAUGAUGUCAAGUGACAUUGCAGCUGGACCUAUUUGCAUUACAUGAAACACUUUUUUACUUCCAUGUUUAAUCAAGUUUAAUUAUGUUCAUUCCUAAAUUUAUUUAUGACUAAAUUUUUGCAACACCUUCAGCUAAAAAUAGUACUAUUAAUAGACAUUGAUUAUACAAUUAUUUUUUGAGGUACCUUCUUUUCAAGAAACUGGGUUAUGGAAGCUUUUGUUUUUUUGUUUUUUUUUCAAAAUAAUUGAAUAAUUAUAUGAACAUUCUAAGGAUUUUGUAACAUUCAAUAUGGAUAGCUAUUGUGAAACUUGCUGCUUUUAUAUUAAAAUUUAAAAGUAAUCGAUUUACAUUGUAUAUGAACUACCUUAUUCCAUUAUUGAGUAGUUGCAUGUAUAUUUGUAAUUGCAAAAUUAAAAUAUGCAUUUCAAUAAUGUUUUUUGCAUAAUUAUAUUUGAAUGUGCCUGUUUGAUGAUCUUUGCUAUAUCAGUCCCAGAAGUUUAGCAUCAAUAACUGUGUUUUAAACUCUGUAUAUUAAAUAAGAAAUAAAACUUUUCUAAAUAGAUCAAUGUUAGGUUAAUAUUAAUAUUUUAUUUAUAUGUUUAGAAUAUACAUUACUAAUAUUCAAACUGCCUUUAAAAAAAAGUGAUUCCACUGCGUAAUGCCUCCAUUGGAUUCAUGUUAUUUAAAUCUGCUUUGUGAAAUGUAUUUACUUAACAGCAUUACAGAAUGGAAUGGAAAUAUUUGUGUUCUUUCUUUAUAACUGUUUGCCCUCCGUGUUACAGUCACCAAUAAUACAGUAAAGCAGGGGUUAGCAAAUUACAGCCCGCAGGCCAGCGGACACUCACAGAAAUCAGGUGUGCCCACAGAAUAUACAUAUAAAAGAUGCAAAUAUAUAUCAUCAUCAUAUAUAUAUAUAUGCGCCCCCCCCCUCCCCGGCCCCCAUUAAAAAAAUUAAUGCAGCCUUCGAUUGCAAAAGGUUGCCCCCCUGCAGUAAAGCAUUGAUAAAUGCUAACGAAAUUGUAACAAAAUUUGCUUUUUAAUAAUGAAAUUUUUUUUGUUUUGCUUCUUUUGAGGAAAUCAUUACUAUAAAUGUUCUGCAAUAAUAAAAAUAGGCUAUACAUACAUGUCCAUUAUUUAUUUUCUUGUAAUGUAAAAAAGAAACAAUUACUUAUAAAUAAUACUUUUUCUUUUCUUAUUUGACUUAAUUAUACUUUUUUUUUUUGUAGUCGUAUUUUGGUGCAAUAAAUAACUAAAUCAACAAAUCA